AUAUACCCGAUAGUGGGCUAUAGUUAAAAUUAGCACUGAGAGCCAACCGUAGAAGAAGAAAAGGGGGGGCGAAGCUCCAAGGAGGAGGAGGAGGUGAAGAAGGAGGAGGUGGGGAAUCGAUGCAAAAGCAGUCUGCAAACAUUUGCAGCAUAAUGGGUCGCAGCGAGGAGCUCAGUGAGUUUCAGCGGGGCACCGUGGUGGGAUGCUACCUGUGCAAGAAGUCCGUCCGUGAGAUCUCGGCGAUGUUAAACCUGCCCCGGUCCACUGUCAGCGCCGUGAUUUUAAAGUGGAAGCGUGGAGGAAUAACGACGGCACUGCCCCGGAGCGGCCGACCGCACAAGCUGAAAGAGGAGGAUCGCCAAGUGCUGGAGAGAGUGGCGCUGGAGAAGUGUUUGCCCUCCAUAAAAGCGCUCACCGCCGAGUUCCAGAGCGCAUCCGGAGCCAGCGUGAGCUCCACCACUGUGCGCAGGGAGCUUCAUGAGAUGGGUUUCCGAGGCCGUGUGUCCUCAUACGGCAAGCCCAAAGGAGUGCCGAAGGUGGCAAAGAAGCAGGUGGACGUGUCCCGUCUGGACCUGCGUAUUGGACGUGUAGUCACGGCCCAGCAGCUUCCGGACACUGAUGGGCUGUUCGUGGAGCAGAUCGAUGUGGGAGAGGCUUUUCCCAGGACGGUGGUCAGUGAACUGUCUCAGCACAUACCUGUGGAGCAGAUGCAGAAUCGUAUGGUGGUCCUGCUGUGUAACGUGAGGCCAGUGGAGACGAGAGGAAUUGUGAACCAGGCCAUGCUCAUGUGUGCCUCGUCACAAGACAAGCUGGAAAUCCUUGAUCCUCCAAACGGAGCGAUACCAGGGGAUAGAGUGACUUUCCAGCAAUUUCCAGGGGAGCCCGAUAAAGAGCUGAACCCCAAACAGAAGGUGUGGGAGCAGGUUCAGCCAGACCUGCGCACAGACAGCCAGGGCGUCGCAACCUACAAAGGAGCUGCCUUUGAAGUCGCUGGAAAGGGAGUGUGCAAAGCCCAAACCAUGUCUGACUGUGAGAUUAAGUAAAUGAUCAGUUCUCUGCAGCCUUGCGGGAUCCAAGAUAUUGCGGAAAAGGAUUCCCAGAAUAGUGGAGACUGUUAUUUUAACGCCCACUGUCUGGGAGGACAUGUCCAAAAAACAAAGUCACACAGGUGUGAUGCUGGGUGGUCACGUAGUUUUUGCUAUAAACCAAGUGAAAUAAUUGCGAGGUACCCGAUGUUGGAUGGACUUGAGAUUUACUUAAAUUACUUUUUUCUUUUUUUUAAUAGAAAAAAAAUGUAGUUUUGAAUUUGGCCAACUGAGGGCGCUAGCAUACCCCAUUACAAUGUGCAAUAUGUGUCUUGGUGGUUUGUUCACAUGAGAGCAUGCAUCACGCCGGCCGCCUCAGCGUAGUGAAAAAGAAAAGGGGAAAAUCCUUUUUUUUUUCUUUUAUGUUCUGGGAACUCUUUGUUAAAAUGUUGUUUUCCGUUAAGACAUUUAAGAUGUUUUCAUUUUCACUACACAAGGUAUGAAACUGUUCAGAAGUCCCGUUUGAUAAACGGGAGAUUGACUGAUCUUGUUGGGGUUUUUGUUUUCAUCGAUAAGUGAGAAUGAACUGAAAAUCAGUCCAUCAUGAAACAGACUUUCCACUGACUCCUACAUGUUGUUUAGCAAUCAACAAAGUCUGUGAUUUUUGCUUCUGUUAAUCCAGGAAGUGUUAUCUUAAAUGAAAAAAAUCCAUCUUUGGUUUUUCGGUGGCUUCCUGAAAUAUCAAACAAACACUUCAAAGUCUUUUGAUUUGAAUGUAAAAGUGUUUUAAACCGUCGACAAGUUUUGUAUGCUGUUUGCUUUGCUCUUGUGUUUCCGUGGUGGAUUGUUGUCCGUGAGAGCAGCUCCGGCUAUGAGCGCAGAAGCCCCGCCCACCCUACUGGUCAGAUGCUUUGUUUGCCAGGGUCAGCCAAUCGGAAGACACCUGGCUUCAAGGGAGGGGAAGGGGUUGAGAGGGUUUGGAAGAGUUCAGCGGCUGCACCGAGGCUCAGUAUAAGCCUAAGAAAAAAAAAUGUUUUUGAACUCUGUCAUCAAAUCGUGACUUGGUCUUAGUUUUCAAACGGAGUGCACCAAGCUGUUAAGAAGGCCGCUAAAAAAAGUGAAAGACAAACACGCAAAGUAUUUCUUCCUUUAUUUUAAAGGAGAACUGAACAACUAUGUGCCGAGAAUGGGGAUGUGAUUGAUGUGAUUCAGGAACCAAGAAGUGGAACAAAAUGUCCAAGACACCACAUCCCAGGUACUUGUUUAACAGUGCAGAGCACAAAGGGAAUGGUGUGAUUCUCUAGAAACAAAAAAGAAAAUGUUACUCACUACUUCAUCACAACAAGACAAAGAACCACUGUUUAUAAUGCGGUCAACAGCAUGGAGUUGGAGUGUUGACUAAUACUAGAGAAUGACAUUAAUAAAAACCAUUUUAAUAUCUGAAAAGGUUAUGGAGUGUUAUGAAUGUCACGUCACCCCCACCCACCUCCACCUACAGUGCAAUCUCUUCAUGGCCUAACCCACGGGGUAACCCAGAGUGGAGGUACUGUACAGGUUCAUGACUGAGAUGACACGGCCCUGCAACCACACAGCCUGUCGACGCGACGCGGUUUGCUGGAGGGGAAAGUUAGCAAACGCGUACCUGAAACCAGGUUUCACCGAGCUGAGUGAACCUGGGAGUAAAAUACAUUUCCACUGCUUUCGGUGGCCUGUUUUUUGUUGUGCACUGAGCACAACAAACUCUUUACAGAAGAGUCAGUCUCACAGUGUUUGGGGGUUAUUCUUAUCCUCACCAUUGUUGCUCUUUAACAUUAUUGUGUUCCAUUUCCAGUCAUAAAGAUUGGGAAAUUUCCUAAACACUGGAUCAACAGGCAAAGUUGGCAAUUGUCCUAAAAGCAUAAGCUGCUUUAGGACAGGGCUCUGAAAGCCUGCAGGUUAUUGGCCAGGGUAAGGACGCUUAGGCAACUCAUGAACUUUUAAUUAAUGUUGUAGUCCUGAUUAAAAAGAAGAAACUGCUUGAUAAAUAAAAUCAAAUUAUUUUAAUUAACACAAUUAAGAAGCUUAAAGUUUGGAAAGGUCACCGGGAAGCUUUCUUUUCUUUUCGUUGCGGUUUUAAAUCAGCAGUCAGGUUCAGGAAAAAAUAAGUUUGCUCAAUUCAAGCGGGUUAACCACAUCUUAGAGACUCUGUCAGAAAAUGAGCUCAAACUUGCACGCAGACUGACAGAAUCUUAGUGGGCCGGGUUUGUUCUCAGAAACGUAAUUAAACCCAGCGCGGUGUCUGAACUGAUUUAUGCUCUAUUAAAAUGGCUUUUUAUACCACAAAGCCGGAUUUGUUGUGCUGUGUUCGAUUGGCAAACUGUCAACGCCAUGAACCAGAUGCACAUGUCUGAUAAAUAAAUACAUGGGGCGGGUGGAGGGGGGGAUUGAAUUGAGGGUCUAAUGUUGCCAUGCAGGGUCUCUCUCUGAAUAGCAGGAUUGUUUCUUCUGCUUGUAUUGAUUUGGAUAUUUCACCA